AUGGCAAAGAACCAAAAGGUCGUUGUGGUAGGCGCCGGCCCCGUCGGCUCGUUGGCUGCGCUCUACGCAGCGCAGCGCGGGUACGAGGUUGAGAUCUACGAGUUGAGAGCUGACCUGAGAGACCCCACAACAACGCUCUUAAACUUCACGCGCUCCAUCAACCUUGCGCUUUCCGAGCGCGGCAUCAACGCCAUGCGCAAUGCUGGCCAACCAAAGUUACUGGAACAUGUCUUUGGCGCCACCAUUCCCAUGCGGGGACGCAUGAUCCACGGCAGGACCCCGAAAGGCGAUCUGUACGAGGCUUCGCAGGACUACGAUGUCCACGGCAGGGCCAUUUAUGCCGUAGACCGCGCCGGCUUGAAUAAGCGCAUGCUCGACAUCCUUGAGGAGAUGCCCAAUGUCAAGUUCUUCUUUAGCCACAAGCUCACCGGCGCAGACUUCAAGAAGUGCAAGGCCUGGUUCGAGGACAUGACGUCCGGUUCGGCUACCGGCCGCGCCAAAGAGAUUGAAAUCGAUUUUGACUUUAUGAUUGGCGCUGAUGGCGCCCACUCCGCCGUCAGAUACCACCUGAUGAAGUUUGCUCAGAUGAACUACAAGCAGGAGUACAUCGACACCCUCUGGUGCGAGUUCCAGAUCAAGCCUGCAAACGCUGCCUCGCCUGAGGGCAAACCGCAGUUCAGAAUCUCACCAAAUCACCUGCACAUAUGGCCUGGCAAGGAGUUCAUGUUCAUUGCCAUACCUAGCGAUGAUGGCUCCUUUACCUGUACGCUAUUCUUGCCCAACAACCAAACAGAGGCUCUUGAAAACGAUCCGUCAAGUCUACCGGCCUUCUUUGACAAGCAUUUCCCCGGAGUUACAGACCUGAUCCCAUCCAAAGACCUGAUUGAAUCCUUCAAGAGAAACCCUCACUUGCCCUUGAUCAGCAUCAAGUGCAGCCCCCACCACUAUGACGCCUCAGCGGUGCUUGUCGGCGACGCCGCGCACGCGAUGGUCCCCUUCUACGGCCAAGGCAUGAACGCGGGCCUGGAAGACGUCCGCAUCCUUUUCUCCAUCCUGGACAAGCACCGCCGGUUGGGCGAGGCCCACAACGACCCGACGGGCGAGGCAGACGCUGACGCUCACGCCGCGGUCGUCUACCAGCGAGGCGCGGCGCUGGCCGAGUACACGGCCAUUAGGGUCCCCGACGCGCACUCCAUCAACGACUUGGCGCUGCAGAACUACGUCGAGAUGCGCGCGUCGGUGCUGUCGCCGCGCUACCGCCUGCGCAAGUGGCUCGAGGAGAAGAUGUCGGUGUACGCGCCGGGGCUGGGGUGGCAGACAAAGUACUCGCGCGUCAGCUUCGGGAACGAGCGGUACUCGGAGGUCGUGGCCAAGAGCGACUACCAGGGCCGAGUGUUGAUGAAGACUUUUGAGGCUCUGGUGUGCAGCCCGUUGAUUGCAGGGGCCGUGUUCUUGUGGUGGAAGAGGCCGCGGGUUGUUGUCGGCGCGGUGCAGGGGCUUUUGCGGUAUUUGCUGCGGGCGACUGAGGGCGCGUGA